GCCCACUCCCGACUCCCACUCCCACUCCCCCUCCCCCUCCCCGGACGGAGCCGAUGGCGACGCUGCAGCUGAACCACAUCGCGCGGGAGACCGGCGACGUGCGGGGCCUGGCCGCCUUCUACGAGGAGGUGCUGGGCUUCGAGCGCGUCCCGGCCCCGGCCUACUCCGGCUUCCAGGUCGCCUGGCUCCGCCUCCCGGGCUCCCCCGACGUCGCGCUCCACAUCAUCGAGCGGGACCCGGCCGUCGCCGUUGCCGUCGCCGCCCCGGGGGCCGCGCAGGGAGGCGCCACGCCCGCGCAGCUGCCCAGGCGGCACCACCUCGCCUUCUCCGUGGCCGACUUCGACGGGUUCCUCACCGGGCUCAGGACCCGCGGCACCCAGCUGUUCGAGAAGUCCCAGCCCGACGGACGCACGCGCCAGGUCUUCUUCUUCGACCCCGACGGCAAUGGUCUAGAAGUCACAAGCUCGAGCCCAGGCGACAAGUAACCUGCUGGGAGCAGGAAACACCUUCUACUUCUGCGACACCCGUGCAGUGAUUACCCACCUCGAGACCGAAAAGAUGAUGGAAGCUCCAGAAUCGUAGAGAAAACAUCCAGUGCCAUGUGUUACUCCCAAAUAAAUGAUGACCUUACUACCUGUAUCUAUCUGCUCCCCAUGCCUGUAAUAUGGAUAUGCAUGUCUCUGGCUGAAGUACUGAACUUGUGCUGUGUGUUAAAACAUCAAGUUAAAUUAGUACUACCACAAA